AUGUCGGGCAUAUCUGGCGGUGAGCUUACCGUGGACAUCAUUGCGACACGCAUACCUCCAGAAGUAGCAAACCCACAUGGCCGCAACAGCUUUGCUCUCGACGAUGGUAUCGCCACACCAGAUCCAGGGUAUGCAAAACGUGCCAGUGUUGUGGAUGUCGAGGCCCAAGGAGAGCGCAGCCCCGGUGUCGUAGAGCGCGAAACAUAUCCUCCGCCGACUGAGGAGGAAGCGAAGACACUACGCAAGGUUGCCGGGAGUAUACCAGCGACAGCCUACUUGCUGUGUAUCGUUGAGUUCUCGGAGCGCGCGUCCUACUAUGGUGUUCAAACAAUCUUCUCAAAUUUCAUGCAAUUCCCGUUACCAGCAGGUGGACCAGGUACUGGUGCUGUGCCACCAGGCACCGAAGAGACGGCCGGAGCAUUGGGCAAAGGCGAGCAGUUUUCGGUAGCUUUUGGCCUUGUCUUCACCUUCCUGGCGUACCUCAUACCGAUAUAUGGAGCCUGGGUAGCAGAUGCUCAGCUCGGCCGCUACAAGGUCAUUCUCAUUGGGGUCCUCAUAUGCGGCGUCGCGCACAUUAUCAUGAUUUGUGGCGCCAUACCCUCUGUUCUCCAGGCCGGUAAAGGCAUCGCUCCAUUCAUGAUAUCGCUUUUCACUCUGGCCAUCGGCGCCGGUCUCUUCAAGCCCAAUGUAGCUCCCACAAUUCUGGACCAGUAUCAGCACCAGCGGCCAUGGGUCAAGACUCUCAAGUCUGGUGAAAAGGUCAUCGUGGACCCCGAGACGACCAUACAGCGCAUUAUGCUGCUCUUCUAUGCGCUAGUCAAUGUCGGAGCGUUUUACGCGCUUGCUACGACCUAUGCUGAGAAGUAUAUUGGCUACUGGCUUGCAUUUCUACUACCAGGAAUAAUAUACUUCUUGCUUCCCAGCCUCCUUUGGUACCUCAACAACAAAUUGAUCAAAAGACGUCCAGACGGAUCUGUCCUUGGCAAAGUGUGGAAGAUUUCUACUAUGGCUAUCAAGAAGAACAAGCUCAUGUUCUGGAAGGCCGACUUCUGGGAUGCCGCAAAGCCUUCUGUUCUAGCGCAAAGUGGCACUGCAGCUUCUGGGUCGAAAGAAGUUUAUUGGACGGACAAGGACGUGGAUGACGUCCGCCGUACCAUGACAGCUUGUGCCAUCUUCCUCUACUUUCCUAUCUACAACAUCAACGACGGCGGUAUUGGCUCGGUAUCUACCUCUCAAGGUGCAGCCAUGUACACUGGCUCUGCGCCCAACGAUCUGUUGAAUAAUUUCAACCCUUUGGCGAUCAUUGUGACCAUUCCGAUCUUAUCAUACGUCGUCUAUCCUGCUCUCAGGAAAUACAACAUCAAAUUCGGCAGGAUCGACCGGAUUACUGUUGGAUUUAUCUGCGCGAUUCUGAGCGGUGUGGCUGGAUCUCUCAUCCAGUGGAAGAUCUACGACACAUCACCUUGUGGAUAUUACGCUUCCAACUGCACGGUCGGCAACGAGGUAUCACCAAUCUCAAUCUGGGCACAGAUCAGUUUAUACACGCUGGGCGCCUGGAGUGAGUGCUUUGCGAAUGUGACCGCUUACGAGCUUGCAUAUGCUAGGUCUCCUGAAGGAAUGAAAGCUCUGACCACGGCCAUAUUUCUCCUCAUGAACGCUCUGGCAAGCGCCCUUGGACUCAUACUCACACCGGCAAUAGUCGAUCCGCACCUGAUAUGGGUUUGGGCAGGCCCAACAAUCGCCUUGACGGUACAGACGGUCAUCUUCUACUUCCGGUAUCGCAAGUUCAACGACGACGACUUCAUGAUCUAUGAGGAGAAACCGACCUUUUCCGACAAGGAUCUAUUUCACGAGGAGCACGCAGGUGUACCAGAGACCAUCAGCGAGGAAGCUGAAAUACCCGACAACAGCGAGAAGACGAUCAACAAGGCUUGA